AAUGCAGCCUGAUAAAGAACUGAAGGAAGAUGGCAGCAUUGCCUCUCACCACAGGUAUCUGAAAGUUGAUUUAGGUAUCAUGUCAGUUAACAACUAUAGUGAACACCACCAGAACCAAACAGGAGAAAUUAUCAAGUAAAUACUGGAGAGAACUUUAUGUCCACAAAGGAUUGGGGGGAUGCAAGAGAACUGUAAUCUGUGCCUUGAACCAGACACUUUGAUAUUAGUUGCUGGAGGAGAUUUAGAAAGCUAUUUUAGUGAAGAAGUCUUCCAGAAAAUUCUUCUUUAUUAUAUUACGCAUCAAAGAGAUAUCUGUCCAUCAAUGUUUAGUCAGAGGAACCAGGAUUAUAAAUUUUACCUAACUAGUAUGGUCAACUGAAGAAGCAAUGAAGUUUUCUCUUGGAAUGAAACUGAAGAUGUAGUGGAAGCAAUAAGGAAACAUUUAAAAAUAUCUGAAUACCAGUUCUUCAGUUUUCAGUGUGUACACAUAAGUGUUCUGGAAAGGAAAGCUGCUUUUCUGAACAUCAGUGGUGCUGAUGAAAGCACCAUUCCCCAGCGGGGUGCUGCCAUUCUGAGGUUGGCCCUGCAUGGAAUCUGCCUGACUAAAACACGUUUACCUUCACCAUAAUUCUUUAUGCAAUGUAUUUUCCAUUCUUCAAACAGUAUUAAUGAACUCCAUAUAACAGAAAAUGCAAGAAUUAUUUUUAGCAUUGCUUUCAUCUUUUCUUCUAUAGAAUAUGGCUAUAGCACUCUUGCAAUUUUACUUAUGACAAUUGGAUCUAUGUUUGACACAACUCUCAUUCUAUUUAAUUCCUGUCAAGAAUGUUACACCCUCAUUUUACAGCUAUUUGUGGGGUUAGCUGUAGGAAUUAUUUCUGGAGAUGUCCUACUACAUCUUAUUCCACAGGUAAUAUUUGUAUUUCCUUAAGUUUCAGUUCUUGCACAUUAAAACUGCUGAUUCCUUCCCCAAAUAAAAACAUUCUACACAUGCACUAAACUUCAGUAUUUUAUGACUUGUCUAGAUGCAAGGCAGAAUUUGAGUACUGUACUUUGUAAGUCAGGUAAGAGGGAGACUCAAGAGAGAGGGGGCCCCUGACUUUAAAGAUGUUUCAAAAUAUGCUGGUAGGUUUUUGGUUUUGGGAUGUUAUUGCUUUAUUACAUUGUAUCACACUUUUGUUUAAUAUCGUAUUUUUAUUUCUCAGUUUCAUUGUUAUGUUGUAUUUUUUUGUUUUCUAAACUAUUUAGAGAUGAUUUUAAGUAUUAAGCAGUAUACAAAUAUAUGAAAUAAAUGGAUGUGAAAAGAACUAUACAGAAAUGUGGAAUAGUCCUACCUCCACCAUUAAUUGAGCCAGAGUCCUUCCCC